GCAACGGUGACAGUGAACAACGCCAAUAUCACUUGUGUAUACUGGCACCCGCAAGACAGACAGGCAGAAGCGGCUAGGGAAUACCUACCAACACUCCAACUACAACACACACUCGUGGUGGGAGACUUCAAUGCACACCACCCUACCUGGGACCCCCAAUUUCGACACUCAGGCAGAGGGGAGGCCCUCGAAGAAACCACAGCAACAUGGGGCCUCAAUCUCCUGAACACACCCGGUAUACCGACACACAGACACGCGAACGGGCAAUCCACCCUAGACCUUGCAUUCGGCGUAGAGAGAUCAUACAUGAGAGUAGGCGCGUGGGUGUCGGACCACCGCAAGCUCGUCAUCACAAUCCCGGCGAGAAGAAACAUCCCCCCUCCCAAGAAAUACGCCCUCCCACCUACAAACGCGGAGGACGCGUACGAAGCCCUGAUGAGACGCCUACCC